UUGUAUCAUGAAAUCUAGAUUGCGUUCUUUCACGUUAACAUUAUCUGCAAACUUACUCCCGACACAGAAAACGCCAAUCCUUUUGAAACUGUAUGGAAAUUGGAUUAGACUAUGAAUCGGAGGAAACCCUAGGCGGAAAUAUAGUAACAGUCAACGCCGAAGGAGUUCUCCGUAGUUGGGGUUGUAGUGAAUCCGAGAUAGGGAAAUUGUUUGAACGUUUUCCUUCUAUGCGUAAGUACGGUCCCGAUACUCUUCAAUCGAAACUGAACAUUCUCGGUAGCUUAGGCCUGACAGCUUCCGAUCUUAUUCGUACUGUUCAAUGUCGUCCACGUUUGUUUCGUUAUAGUUUGAACAAGAGAUUUGAUGAGCGGAUUGAAUAUUUCUUGGGAUUAUUCAAGACAAAGGAAGUUCUGAGGAAAGUGAUCUUGCGUAAUCCUUCCCUUCUUACAUACAACUUUGAGAAUCAAAUUAAACCUGUAGUGAGUUUGUAUGAGGAAAUAGGAAUUACAGGCAAUGAUUUUGUUCUCAUGCUUCUGUCUCGACCCACUUUGAUUCCAAGAACAUCUUUGAAUGAUGAGAAAUGGGAUUACAUUCACAAGACUGGAGUGUCUAAGGAAUCGAAAAUGUACAAAUACGUGGUAACUCUGGUUGCAAUCUCCAGAGUUGAGACUAUUCGAGAGAAGUUAGCCAACAUAGAGAAGUUUGGAUUGUCGACUGAGGAGGUUUUGGGUCUUAUAGGGAGAUCUCCUUAUCUGCUGACAAUGUCGACAGAGAAAGUUCAAAGGAACAUGACUUUUGUAUGUGGGACGAUGAAAAUGUCGCCACAAGUGGUUGUGAAGCUGCCUGUUUUACUGCAGUUGAAUUUGGAGUCGAAACUCAAACCUAGGUUUCGUCUUGUGAAGAAGAUUGAAGAAAUGGGUCUCGUUUCGAAGGUGGAAGAAUCGAGAUUCUUGUCUGCGAUUAGGAUGACGGAGAAGAGAUUCAUUGAGGUGUUCAUUGAUUGUUACCCGCAGGAUGUUGCUCAAGAACUUAUGGAGUUUUAUACAAAUAUGAAAUGUGUCAAGAGGUUGGCUGAAUCCUCCAAGAAAGAAGUAAGGAAAGGAUUCCCUUUUUGAAUUGUUUUAUUAUAGGCUUCUUUCUUUAUUUAUAUUGUUCUUGUAUUAUACUAAUUUGGUUGUGAAUUAGGAGGAUCUGAAAGGCAAACGAAUAACCUAUCAGAUUAAAUUUUGUGUAAUGUGAUUCACAUUUUUCAAUAG